GUUUGACAGAUUGACGUUUAUUCCAGAACAAAGUACUGAGGUGCUUUAUUGAUCAAUAAACAAUUUUUUUGGCGUAUUGAAUAAAUUAUUUGCCAUAAUGACUAUAUUAAUUACACCGUUUAGUGAUAAGAAAGGAGAUAAACUUAUUGUGCCACUGGUUUCUGCUGAUCAAUUGGCACUAAGUACAGAGGCUGCCAAAAAAGAAGCUGAGGCCCAGAAUGGCAACAUUGUUUUCCUGAAUGCUAGAGCUCGCCGAGUUUCAAACUCGACUGUGUUGGGCCUGUUGUUUGCUGCUUUGAUCGUUGUGAGCAUUGGCAUCAUCAGUGGCUUGUAUUUCUAUCGACAGUUCAUUCAUCAAAAGUUCAUUCAUCGACAGUAUAUCAACAUCCCACGAUAUAAUGGAACUCUUAGAAUUGGAAGCCAAAACGCCUACGUCUCAGAUUCAGAACUCCCCUUCUAUCAAAAGCUGAUUGGAGACCGUUUUUCCAACAAUGAACUUCAAGAGGCUUUGGAAAUCGAUUUGGUCAAUGAUUUCGAGAAAAUCGAUGUUCCCGACUUCAGCGAUGGCCGGAAAGGACGCUUCAUUCACGAUUUCAACUCUAAUACUACAGGUAUCAUAGAUGUUACUGCUCGAAGGUGUUUCGUGAUGCCCUUAAACAGAGGACAUGUUCUACCGCCAAAAACUUUAUAUGAUCUGAUUGUGAAGAUGUGGGAUGGAUACUACAAAGUUGAUACUCAAGUUGUGAAAGAGACCAUGCAUGUUGUUUUGCCCCCAAUUAAGGAUACAAAGAGCAUUGGCAACUACAUCGCAGAGGAGUGUGAGGGUAUGCCGAUUUACAAAUUGGAGAAGUAUGUUGGAAGAGUGGUGAAGAGGUCGGCCGAAUUGAAAUCAGAAGCAAAGUUUGCCCAAUUCUCUGGUAAGGGAAUAACCGAAAUUGACAUUGUCAAUUUCAGCGAUGUUGAAAAAUUCGAAAAAGGUGGACUUUAAUUCAACUUGUAGAUUCACAUGAGUAUGUAUUUAGAUGCAUAUCGUAAUAUUGUGGCCACUGAGCUUUUAUUACAAAUAAAUUUAUAUAUAAAUGUUUUAAUUGUUGACGUAGUUCAUAUUAUAGAAAUGGUAUUGAUAUUGUACAAAAUACUGAGCUCUAUAUUCUUGCAUGUGAUCUUGAAAUUUAAGCUAUGAAAAUAUAUUAACAAAAUUAUCGUGUGUUUAUGUGAUAAUCAAGUUUACUUUUUUGGAUAAAUUAUAUCAAUUUCAAAUGUUAUAACUGAAAGAAAAUCUUUCAAAUCAAUAGUAGUCUCUUAUGCUUGGAAUUUUCAAUUAGGAAAUAUAAUUUUAAACUUUGCUCAUUAACAAGUUAAAUAUUUUAUGUUUUAUUCCGAAUGGGUGCUUUAUUCAUAAUUCCACUUAUUGAGAUGAUGUUUAUUGAAUUGUUCUUCGUCAUUAUAAAAAUGAAUAUAUUGAUAGUAAUA